AUGUACAACAAAACACUGAGAGUAUCCAUCAUACCGUACAAGCCGCACACGACAAUGGUUCAAGGCCCUGGUGACCAGGUGACCCUGUACGGUCCGUUGGGAAACAUCUUCAAUUCCCUGGUUCAAGUCUUGCGCUUCAAUUACACAAUCGGCGUACCACGAGAGUUGACCACGGGAAGUCCGCAGCCCGACGGCACCUGGACAGGGUCGAUGGGCAUGCUCCACCGCAAUGAGAGUGACCUGGCUAUGGGCCCAUUCUUCCCGGCCACCGAGCGUCUGGAGAUUGCGCAUCCAUCGGCCGUCUUCUACCUCGAGGAACUACGCAUCCUGGCCGGCCGAACGACAGCGCAAGAGAGCAGCGUCUUCGGAUACAUUAUGGCCUUUGACUGGAUGGUGUGGAUGUUUCUUAGCGUAGCCCUGGUUUUCAUCUCUCUCAUCACGGCCCUGUUCAAUUCAAUGCACGCAUCGAGAGCGGGACGGAGCUACUCCUUCUACGGCUUCUUUAGUGACGCCGUGUGGCAGUACCUAGAGAACCUUUUCUUCGAAGCAUCUGCGCAUGCUCCCUCUCUUGGCGGCGAGCGCCUGCUGAGCGCGGCCUGGUGGCUGGCCACCCUGGUGCUGAUGAACGCCUUCUGUGGCCACAUGCGCGCCUGCCUCAUGAUCAAGUCCGAGGUGGAGAAGAUCGAGAGCGUGCGCCACCUCGUGCGUAAACCGAGCACCGUGCCGCACAUGUGGCUCGGCACCUCCUACGUCGCUAUGGUCGCCCAUUCGACCAACCCCGAGCUGCGCCAGAUAGGACGUGUGGUACGAGACCGGGGCACGGCGGUUCCGGCCUCGGUGCUGUACGGUCAGCCCCUGUUGCGACGGGUGGUACAGGGCCGUGCGGCCGUCAUCAGCGACGGAACGUCGCUGGUGUUCCGCAUCUCUUCCGUGUGUCAGUCGUACGAGGGCGCCGAGUUCUACCUGGCACGAGAGGGACUCGUCUCCCACCCGCUGAACAGCUUUGCCCGCAAGGACAUUGACCCUACGCUGUUCAGGAACAUCAACAAGGUCAUCCGGCGGUUGGUGGAAGCAGGCCUGGUAAACUACUGGUGGACCCGUGCCACGGGAGACGUGAGUCGCUGCGGCGGCUCGUCCUCUUCGUCGGGUCCUGAACAAACAGCCUCCACGCUGGCCUUCGCCGACGUGUUCGGGGUGUUCGUACUCUGGCUUGCCUGCGCCGGCAUAUCGAGUGUCGUGUUCCUCGCCGAGCUGUGCACGCCGCGCACCGACGACAUGUUCAAGAAGAGGCUCGCCGCCGUGGCCGCCGCUAGGGCUCGCCGCGGACGCCUUGCACACCGGCUGCAGCGGUCGCCCUCGGCGUCGCAAUCUUCGAACGCAGCGGUCGCUGGAUUGCGUCUUCGAUUAUCGCAGACUUGA